CUCUGCAACUCUGCAAAUUUCAACCGGCUUGAAAAAUGUCUUCGCCUGCACCCCCAAAGUCGCCUGAAUUAUCAGACAAAAGUAAAAAAUAUGAUAGACAAAUCAGACUUUGGGGUGACCACGGACAGGCAUUUUUGGAGGCGGCUACAAUUUGCCUGGUCAAUGUGACUGCGGUGGGCUGCGAGGCAGCAAAGGGACUCAUCUUACCGGGCAUUGGUGGCUUCACAGUUGCCGAUGGGAGCACAGUGAAGGAGGAGGAUCUCGGCAACAACUUCUUUCUAGAUUCUAGUUAUUUGGGCAAAUCGAAGGCCCUUGCCUGCAAACAGCUGUUGCAGGAGCUGAACACGGAUGUCAAUGGUGAUUACGUAGACGAGAGCGUUGACUAUAUUCUGGCAAACCGUCCAAAUUUCUUUGACAGUUUUGAUUUGGUAAUAGCCUCGAAUCUGAAUGAGCAAUCAUUGCUGCAGCUGGCAAACCGCUUAUGGGAGUCCAAUGUGCCGCUUGUUUAUUGUCGCUCCCUGGGCAUGCUAGGCUCCAUACGUCUGCAACUGAAGGAACACUGCAUUGUUGAGGCUCAUCCUGACAAUCGUCAGUUCGAUUUGCGUUUAGAGCAGCCAUUUCAUGCUUUGCGCGAGCAUUUGGAAGCUACAGAGGUCACCAGCAAAAUGCCCUGGCUAGUGGUUCUGUACAAAUUCAUAAAAAUCUGGCAAAAGGAACAGGAAGAUGGGCGCCUGGCGCCCAGCAACUACAAGGAAAAGACAAAUCUUCGCGAGGCAAUCAGAGCUGAAAUGAAGAAGGACGAGGAAAACUACGAGGAGGCUAUGAAGGCGGUAAACACAUCAUUUGGCGCCGGCCUGGUGCCCAGCUCUCUCAAGGCCAUAUUCGAAGACGACGCUUGUGAGCAGCUGCACAAAAAGAGCGAUAUCUUUUGGAUUAUGGCCAAGGCACUUAAGCAUUUCGUUGUGGAGGAAAACAAGGGCUAUUUGCCGCUGCCGGGAGUACUGCCCGAUAUGACCGCUAGCACGGACUCUUACAUAACCCUGCAGCACAUCUAUCGCCAGCAGGCCUUGCAUGAUGCCGAUCAGGUGUACCACAAGUGCCAACACUACCUCAAGCAGUUGUCCCUGCCGGCGGACAGCAUAGAUGAGCGCACUGUGCGUUUACUUUGCCGCGAGGCUGCCGGUAUGUUUGUCCUACGUGGCACACGCAUCGCCGAUGAGUACGAGAAGAACUGUCGGCUCUUGCCGCUGGUAGAGGAGAACGAGCUGCAGGGUACCUUAACCGUCUACAAUUUUGCACUGCGUGCCUAUGAGCGUUUUCUGAGCGAGUGCGGCAGUAUUCCCGGUGAGUGCGCUGUCGAGCAGGACAUUGGCCGUCUGAAGAGCAUUACCAGCAAAAUGCUGAACGACUUGGGCCUACAUGCGACCAUUAGCGACGAUGUGCUGCACGAGAUUUGUCGCUACGGCGGCGCCGAGCUGCAUGCUGUGUCCGCUUUUAUUGGAGGCUGUGCUGCGCAGGAGGUGAUCAAGAUAAUAACCAAACAAUAUAAACCAAUUGAUAAUACCUUUAUCUAUAAUGCUAUUAGCACUGAAAGUGUAACGUUGAAGUUGUAAAACAAUUCCUUAUAAUACAAUUAUAAAACAAUACUCACUGGUUUU